AUGGCGUACAAAAGACAUAAGAAAGCAGGAUACGCAAACAGACCGGGCUUUAAUCGCCACGCAUCUUUCAUCAUGAGCUCCCCUCCGAUCAUCUACGAAGACGAAGCCAGUUACUGCACGCGGUACACGGACACAACAACGCGGUUGGUCAAAGUCAGUAACCUUACGCUUGGGACUUCCGAAGACGACGUAAGGGCUGCCUUCCAGGAAUUCGGUAACAUCAAUCACUGUUUUAUAUUGAUGUCCGCACCGACGGCGGCGUGGCUAGUAUUUGCAACCCCAGCCGAGGCCUUGGCGAGCAUUGUGGGAAUGAAGGGAGCGGUCGCCGACGGUCGAAAAUUAAGAGUGCAUGGGAUACCCUCCGCUUCACUAGGAGGACUAGCCUUACUAUUGAGAAUCUCCUAGAGCCAUCUACUGCUCUACACCCAUUACCCCCCCCCCCC